GCUGGACAUCUGAUUUGCAUCAGCGCAUCACGUUUAAGGCACCUCUUUUCUACUUUCUCGCUUCUUUUGUUUGAUCUUCUUCUUUGCCAGCCAUACCAUUUAUUCUAUGUACAAACCCAAGAAGAAGAAGUCAGUAUUCGGGAUCUCAACAAUGGGGGGUAUGCACUACCCUCAAGACCAGAAUGGCCGCUCCAUAUCGCCUGCGGAUACUCUGGAUGAAGUUGGUUAUCCUCGUAGCAAUCGUCCAAUACCUGAACCAACUUCUAUUCGCAUCCUUAGCCCGGACGAGAAUGCUGUGGCACGUCCCACAAAGUCGCCUCCCCCAGUACUGAUGCCCCGACCAAUGCACGCUAUUGCACCAACUCGUAAUUUAGUGCUUAAGAAUGAGUAUGAAAAGGCAGACUCGCCAACACCAUCGCCCGCCAAGAUACAGCGUACACCUACACCACAACCACCUGUUCAUGCAGAAUCGGAUCACAGCUGUGAGAGUGACUAUGGAGACGCUAAGGAAUCAGCCUUCACUCCGCCAGCUGAACUUGAACCAUCGCUUACCAGCGCAUCCAAUUCUGAAGGGAAAUCCGAUGAAGGGAGCGAUAGAUUUGAGCAGGACGCUAAUGCGCGAAUGAAACAGUUGGAAGGAAUACUGGAACUCAAUGAACCUUUGAAUGACGCACCUAUGAAAACCAUCACUUUUGUCGGAGGGUCGCCCAUCCACGUGAGUGCUCCAUCAUCAUCAAAAUCCUCUUUGGAUAAGCCGCCUCAGCCAGACUUUAUUAUUUCUUCGGAUAACAACAACAACAACAACAGUGGUAUCAUGAGAUCCCGGCGGACAUCCACUGCUGAUACACCGUCGCAUUCUUCAUCAACACAACAAAUAAUGCAGCAGUCUACUUCUAAGCAAUUAUCUUCCCCUCACGAUGACCCAACUGUUGCUAGUGUUAUUGCUCAAGAAAACGAUAUGCUUCGAAAACAGCUAAGCGAACUAAAACUUGAGCGUAAAGAGCAAAAAAAGCUCGAGGACGAACAUAAAAAACGCAUCGAUGAAAUGUUUGAUAAAGUGAAGCAGCUUGAAGGUCAACUACGACGUGCUUUAGAUACCACCAACCUAGCUCCCAGUAAAAGCACCCCGACAUCAGUUGGUUUCAAUAAUCGACAAGCCCAACGAUCGUCGCCAGGGCAAAGAAUACCAAAGAAAGUAACCACGCAUGGCGAAAUAAGGCACAGGAUCAUUCCUCGAACAGAAGAAUCCGAAGAUCCUUACCCACCAGUGUAUGAACGUCCCAGGCGCAAGUCUCUUACAGCAAGGCCAACCAGUGGAGACUUGAGAAGAGUCUCUAUCUCCCAGACGCCUUUGGAGCACAUUCCUCGCUCUGUGCCAGGUCGGAGUCGGAGCCGCAGUCGCAGCCGCGAACGACCGAAGCACAGAGUAGCAACGGCACUUCCAGAAGAAGAAAUCCCUUAUUAUCGACGAGAGUCUUGGUCCAGUCGCCAGCCUGAAGUUGAGCAUAAGCCUAGAAGGAGAGAGUAUUUGGAGACCGACAGUGAAUAUUUUUCGGACGAUGAAUCUCAUUAUUAUGACGACGAGCCUCACUACCACCACCGAACUCCCCGGCAUAGCUCUUCUGCAGUAUACGGCCGUUCAAACAUUGAUCGAAGAGCGCAACCAUUGGCUCGUCGGCAAUCGUUUGGAUCAUACCCGCGUCGAAGCUCGCAUGAGCUUUAUGAGGAAGGAUAUGAUCGGGUAUACCUUGCGCGAGUUGCCCUUCGAGAACCAAAUCCAAUCAGGCGCCGUCCCUCCAAUAAAAAUCUGCGCUACCGUGAGCCCGUUUAUGACGAACAUCCUCGAGGUUAUUCAUCAACGCAAACACGACGGCAUGGCACAAACACGCACUAUCUGUAAUAUACAUAGACAUUUUUGAUUCUCAUAACAUAAAAGAAUACCCCUUUCAAUUUUUUUUUUUUUUUUUUUGCUUCUGUAUCCGUCCAAGCCCAAAAGAAACCCACGACACCCUUUGUCAAGUGGCAAAUCACUAAUAAUUAAAAAGUGCCUCAAACUGGUUGA